AUGCCGGUCCCGCCUCCUGCCGGAGCAUUGUCGGUCGCUUUCCGUGUCCUCUGUCUGCAUUACCUUCGGGCCAAAGCUCAGGGAGUCCAGGAGCACGCCUGCGUCUGGUCUCCCUCGUCGUCGAAGUGUGAGUACUGCACUGGCCAGCACUCUCCCUGCGUCUCACUGCCCUGGUUCCUCGAUGAGGAGUACCGCGCCCUCGUUGCCGCUGAAGCGGCCGUCCCUGUCGUCGCCGCCAAUGUCGUGGCUGCUACCGCGGAGGCAAAUCGGGUGGCCCUUGUGGCCGCCCAGAGCGUUCCCAAGUUCCGCUCCGCGGCAGAGCGUGACUCCUACGAGGAGGCUCGUGCCAUGCGCGCCGCCAUCGAGGCGGAGUUCGCCCAAAUCCGGUCGUCUCUGCGCCGUCUUCGGACGGAGCACGCGCCGAGCAUGUUCCCGUCACCUACUCGUUCGUGUGGAAUUGUAUACGAACAGCCACCUCUGCACACAAGCACCUUCUGCGGGUGGAAGGCGGUGCUCAAGCGUCGCCGUAUACACAAGUAAAAGCAGAGUGCUGCCCAGUAAUUGCUUGUGAAUACAGAUCCUCGAUCUGACACAAUUCCUUCUGGGAACCCGAACUCAGGAAUGACAUAGCGGACGAUUAACAGUGCCAAAUCGUGGGCGGUAAUCGU